GUUUGGUUAAGUUUUUGUUUAUUUUAUUAUAAUCUAAAAAACCGCUAUUAUUACAAUUAAAGUUACAACAUAGCAAACAAACUUAGAAUCUUUUAUAAGUAUAUAUCAUUCAUGCAUUCACAAUGAUAUCGGAGUUCGCAAAAGAAAAAGUAUUUUGGACCCGAAAAAUGAACUUGAAAUUGGUGUACUUUAUUAAAAACAAUCCAAACGUUUGGAACCCAAAACAUCCAAAAUAUACGUCAGUCGAACACAAAGAUCAAACCUACGCGGAAUUUGCAACACUAUAUGGUAAUAAAUUUACUGGACAAGCUGUGAAAAACCGAUGGACUAAUAUCAGAUCAACCUUCGCAAACUAUUUGAGAAAAUUUAAAGCAAGCCGCGCAAACGGUGAGGAAUAUAAGAUAAAUUGGCACCUAUGGGGACCUUGCCAAUUUUUAAUGAAAGUUAACCGAACAAUCAAAGAUUCUUCUCUAAACUUAAACAAAUCAGACGAAAAGGAUUCAUCAUUAAUACAUAAUCAAUACAAUAGUGAUGAUAAUACAACAGAAGAUACUUUUGUAGAUACAAAUUGUAAAGCAAUUGCUGAAAAUCUUGUAAACAUAUUCAAAAAAAUGCAAAAUGAUCCCUUUGGUCUUGAUAAGAAUAAACAUGGUGAGGUUGGUCAAAUAGUGUCGAAGAGAUUAUCAGAAAUGGAUUCAUAUGAUGCGGGUAAAGCUGUAGUGAAAAUUAGUGAAAUUCUGUUAUUGUAUGAUGAACAGAAUUUAUUAAAUCCAAAUAAUUUUAAAAAUGAAUUGUGAAUGUAUUUGGAUUAAAAAUAUACAUUAUGGACUAUAUCCACUGCAUGAAUCAUCACUAUUCAAUAAAUAUUCAAAUCUGAAACUUAUUAAGAUGUUAUAAUUAAAAAACACAAAUUUAAAUACAAAGAGUCUGAAAAUAUAAUCUUCAUUUAAUAAAACCAGGGCAUAGUCACAAUUUUUCAAAUGCGGUUAGUCUUCAAAUUCUAGAUAUUAAUUGCAUUUAACUAAAUAUGAAUACAAAGAUGUUCUUCAGUAUAGCUUCUUAUCACCUUAAUGUUCUAAAAAACAUAUUUUUUAGAAUAUUUAAAUUAGUGGUAAAA